CCCGCCCACCCGGGCGCUUCGCGGGGCUUCCCGCUCCGUCCCGAAGGCUCUUCGGCGUUCCAGCGGCUUCCAGGGGGCGGAGCCGGCCGGGUAUAAAAGGCGCCGCGGCGGGCCGGGCUCGGCGUGCGCUCCGCUGGCCGCGUCUGUGUUCUGAGCGACUCCGGCUACUCGCCCUCCCGCCUUCGCCUCUCCGCGCCAUGGACAUCGCCAUCCACCACCCCUGGAUGCGGCGGCCCUUGGGCUUCCCUUCGGCCUUCCCGUCGCUCUUCCCGCCGCGUCUUUUCGACCAGAGGUUCGGCGAAGGGCUCUUCGAGAGCGACCUGUUCCCGGCCACGCUCAGCCCCUAUUACAUGCGCACGCCCAGCCUGCAGAUGCCUGCGAUGCCGCAGAUGCCGGACACGGGGCUUUCGGAGGUAGGUGCGCCUUGCGUUAAGCUUUGAACCCGUCUGGGGCUUUUGUGCGGAAUUGCACCAGAAAAAAAAAGAAAGAUAACGGGAAAAGUUAGUUUUCUAAUCCCCCCCCAAUGUAUGUCGUGAUGCCUCUGGCCAUGUGCAGAGUGCUUUUUUGGCCGAGCAACAGCGCAGCAGGUCCCCCGCCUAACCGGAGGCUGCUGAGGGGGGGUUGCUUAGGAUUAAAAGGGAGCAGAAAUGCCCGAAGAUGGGUAGCGCUCGGUGUCUGGACCUGCGUCGUGGGAAUGGGUGUGCCUGCGUGUCGGGAAUGUGACGCUUCCUGCGGGGAAGCGGUCUGCGGACUCUAAAGCAGUGGUGCUGCUGUUGCCAAUUGGUGAAGGUGCGCGCUUGAAAGAGGAAAGGGUGCCAAAGGGCUGGCAGGCUGUGCUUACCUAUUAUGGUAACAUUCUUCAGCCUCCCCAGCUGGCCCUAUGGGGGAGCAGGGUGGGGAGACAAUGCCAGCUGGGUUGUCUUGCCCUGCGGGGAAGGGGCUGGCAUGCAGGACUCAACCCGCCCCCCGCCCUCUGGACUCUUGCUAUACAGAAGACGCACUGUCUUGCUGGCUCUCUGCCCACAGCUGCCUGGAGUUACUUACCAGCAUGGGGGCAUAAGAGGUGGCCUUGCCCCAGAUCAGAUUAUUUGUCUCUCUAGGCCAGCACCUCCUGCUCUGACCGGCAGUGGCUCUCCAGGGUCCCCAGGGAGAUCAUUUCCCCACGUUGCCGCCAGAUACCUGAUCCCGAACUGGAGGAGUUGGGAACGGAACCUUGGACCUCCUCCAUCACCCCAGAUAGUUGCUGCCUAUAUUAGAGAUGCUUCCUCGCUCAGUCGGACAUUGGUUGUUGUUCCUGCUGUCCACACUGGUGGGGAAUCCAAAGAAUUUCCCCCACCCCCAAGUCCCUUCUGCUUAGAACGGGAGGUGCGGGGGGGGGGGUGUUGAACCAGGGUCCUUCUCUGCAUGCAAAGGAGCUGUAGUCAUCGGCUCCAUAAAUAAUAAUGACUAAAUAAUAUGUAAUUGGAUCUGGGAAACGAGGGGUGCUUUUAAGGACUGUGGCAUUAAGACUCAACUGUUAGAAUUCAUCCUUGGGGAGAUUUCAGCGCAGCCUUGUGCUGCUGCUGCUGCUGCUGCUGCUGCUGCCGCCACUUAACUCCCCAUGCAUGACUGGCAUACUUUGGCUUUUUCUGUCUUGCUUUUUCCAAUGUGCUUCAUCACACCCCUUGGCAGGGAGAUUGCUCCUGUGUUCCUGGCGCACUGGCUCUAAAUAUACAGUGAUCCAAUCUAGAAGACCCUGAGGGAUAGCUCAGUCGGUAGUGCCUGAAACUCUUUGAUCUUGGGUUCGAAUCCCACACUGGGCGAAAGAUUAUUGCAUUGCAGGGAGUUGGACUGGAUAACCCUCGUGGCCCAACUCUACAAUUCUAUGAUAUUCUUAGCUAGCUACAAAAGGGUGUAAAAUACAGAGCAUUCUCACCCAUAUCAUAAAGGGUUGUGUUUAGCCUGGAGGGGUCGUUGUUGUGUUGGUUUCUGUAACUGCUACCCAGUGCUCAUAAAGCGGCUUCAUGGUGGCUCUAACUUAUUAUUUAACAGUUAUUAAAGUGGCUAAUUUCUUUCCUAAACACUGUGCAUAUAUUAAAGAUAAUAUCAGAGGCAGGGAACUUUUGUCAGCCCAACGACGCUGUUCCCUUCUGGACAACCUUUUGUGUUGGCAGGCGAGGCCAGAGCCGAGAAUGAGCAGAGCAGCGAAUGUGAAUUCUGCCUUAUGCAGUCAGCUAGUUACCUGUUUGGUCCUCCAUCCAGACAAACAAGAAGCCUUAGCAGAAUUCAAUGACGUAUUCCACCCAGGCACAAACCCUCAAAGAGGGUGUGGUCUUGGAAGAAGCGUGUGAGUCUUGGGGCCAGAUACAGACCUGGAGGGCAGCAUUUGGCCCCUGGGCCUUGGCAUCCAAUCCCUGGAUUAAGACAGUUGCUGCUCUGGUAAGGCGUGAUAUAAAAGGAAGAAGGAAUGGUGAGGGAAGAGGAAAGCAAGCGCUGCGCUUUGGCUGCGUAUGUUACUAGAGCACUUACUUUCUUCCCCAGGCUUUUGAUGGACUGCGGUGGUGUUUGCUAUUAGUUGUGCUUCUGUUAUUGGGGAUGUCCGUCCCACCCGUAGAGUGGUACCUCAGGUUACAGACGCUUCAGGUUACAGACUCCGCUAACCCAUAAAUAGUAUGUCGGGUUAAGAACUUUGCUUCAGGAUGAGAACAGAAAUCACAUGGCAGUGGCAGUGGGAGGCCCCAUUAGCUAAAGUGGUGCUUCAGGUUAAGAACAGUUUCAGGUUAAGAACGGACCUCCAGAACGAAUUAAGUUCUUAACCCGAGGUACCACUGUACUUGUGUUUAUUGUGCUCUCAGUAUCUAUUUUUGGGGAGACUUUGUUCAGUGGGCAACUAACAAGUUCAAUGAGUUAUAAUCAUCCUUGCUAAAUAUGCCCAGUGGUGUUAGUGCCUACCCUGUGGCUUGUUGAAGAAAGCAGUAAAAGGGUGUUGACUUGUCCACAACAGCACCCCUGGGCGCAGGGACAGCUGGCCUGCAGAAGAUGCUGUCUGUUGAAUCCAGUUUUUACUUUGUUUUUCCCCCUUCCACCCAGGUGAAGAUGGACAAAGACAAGUUCUCUGUGUUGUUGGAUGUGAAGCAUUUUUCACCUGAAGAGAUGAGCGUGAAGGUGAUUGGGGACUACAUCGAAGUUCAUGCCAAGCAUGAGGAACGGCCGGUAUGUGGCUUCAUGGGUUCUUUGUGGCGUGGCCCUGAACUCAAAGAUCCCUGUGGUGGCCGUAGGCCAGUGUUCUUCAACCUUGGGAGUUGUCGUUCAGCAAAAUCUGGGGACCUGCCAUCCUUGAGCUGCCAUUGGCUAAGCUGCCUGAGAAUGAUGGGGGUUGUGGUUCAGCAACUUCCGAGGACCUGAGGUUGAAGAACACUGGCAUAUCCAAAAGCAGGAAGUUAAAGCUGCCAUCCUAAGUCAACCCCGGAAGCAAAUCCUAUUGAACUCUGGAGUCCACUUAGUCUGUACACAGGGAUUUGGAAACCUCAGUAGCUGGAACUGCCUGGAAAAACAUCUGCUGCUGCACCACCAGUGUCCAGAGCAGAAUCUGUGGCCCUCCAGAGGUUGUUGGAAUCGCAACUUGCAUUGGUCCCAACCAACAGGGUUUAUGGCCAAGGGUGCAGGGAAUUGUAGUUCAGCAACAUCUGGAGGGGCCACAGAUCCCCCCCCCCAAGCCGUGUCUGAAAUGUCUGAAAACUACAUGCAUCAGUAAAUAGAAGACAUCUGAAGGCAGCCCUGUUUAGGGAAGCUUUUAAUGUUUAAUAGACUAUUGUAUUUUUAUAUUCUGUUGGAAGCCGCCCAGAGUGGCUGGGGAAACCCAGCCAGAUGGGUGGGAUAUUAAUAAUAAAUUAUUAUUAUUAUUAUAUAUAAGGCAUGUGUUGCCGCCUGAACUUCCUGUUUGUGUUGCCUUGGGCAGGCAAGAUAAAGCAACUAACCAAUUUAAUAAAUAAAAUAAUUAAGAAGUAACUUUGAAACUCCCUGCCUAUUGAUAUCAAGCAGGUGCCUUCACUGCACACGCUUUCAGUGCCUGCUAAAAACAUUCCUGUUGAAACAAGCUUACCUAGAUACUUAGAAAGCUGAGGCGAUUACAGUGUUUUAGUAUUUUAUCUCUCGAAGUAGGGUUCUAAAAUUUUACUUGGGGUUACUGGUUUAUCUUUCCGUAAACUGCUUUGACCUUUUCCCUUUUAAACAAUCAAGCAGUGUAUAAAUUUUGUGAAAUAAAUACAUAAAAUUCUCGGUGAGAGUGCUGGUUUCUGGACCCCCUUUAGUCACUUGCCUGUUUUUGCAUCUCCGCUCUUUAUAGGAUGAGCACGGCUACAUCUCCCGGGAGUUCCACCGCCGCUACAUGAUCCCCAAGGGGGUUGACCCCGCAGCCAUCACUUCGGCCCUGUCUCCCGACGGGGUGCUAUCCAUCACGGCACCGACUACCCAGGCUCUUCCCGGCGUGGAGCGCAGCAUCCCCAUCAGCCGCCAGGAAAAGCCUGCCGUCACCGGAAAGUAAUAGGGUAGCAGCCUAGCUUGGCUUUUUGCUCUCUGUUUUUACCGGAAGCCAGCAAGCAUCUCAGGCCUGCUCUCCCCUCGCUAGUAGCUGCAAGGGCUGCUCACUCUUCACAGAAGUGACAUUCCCCUCUGCCCGCUCCCUGCUGAGGUUCUGGCAGCAGAGACUAUGUAUUGCCUCUAGGGUGGUGAUCCUUUAGUGCAAUUUCCCUACACUCCAGUAGGACCUUCCUGGAGUAGAGAUUGGGCCCUUUCUUCUUCUGGCUAGGAGUACCCUUCUGUUGCAGGCUUACUCUGUGCACCACUGUUUAUGCCAGACUCCUUGCUUUGUAUAAAUACAGAUGCCACUUGGGUACAUGUACUUGCUUAAAAAACAGAUGUCACAUUGAUACUUGCUAAUAAACGUGGUGUUUCUGCCUUCUGA